AUGUUGGACGAAAAGCUCGUUUUCAAGAUUUUAUGUGCUGUGGGCUUAUUUUUUAUUGCACAAGUAGCAGUUUUUUGGGCACAGCUACAAAAUUUGGAUGAAAAGAAAUUGAUGCUUGUUGCGGAAAUCGAUACUUUGCUAAGGAAACGAGAAGAGUUGAAUAAGAAGAUUUGGUUGCAAGAAAAAGAAACCUAUCGUAUGGAGGAUAAUUUGCAGCGAAUUGAUAGUUUAGUUCGUGAUCGAAUACCACGAGCAGAAAUGCGUAAAGGUCUUCCAUUUAUUUAUUUUAUAACACCAACUUAUCGAAGGCUAACUCAGAAAGCUGAUCUCAUUCGCCUAGCACAAACUUUAGUGUAUGUGCCGAAUUUGUACUGGAUUGUAGUUGAAGAUGCAAAUAAAACAUCCCCAUUUAUUACCGAAAUUUUCAAAAGAUAUCGUAUUAAAUUUGCUCACCUUUAUGCGCUUACGCCUCCAGAAAAGAAACCGAGCGAAGUUGAUCCGAACUGGAAAAUUGCUCGAGGAGUGUUUCAGCGAAAUAAAGCUCUCAUGUGGUUGAGGGAUAAUUUAAGCAGAUCGAAAAGAGGAAUUGUGUAUUUCGGUGAUGAUGAUAAUACCUAUGAUUGGAGAUUAUUUGAUGAAAUGCGAUCCAUAGAAAGAGUGGGUGUGUGGCCAGUCGGCCUCGUUGGUGGUCUAAUUGUUGAGACAGCUAGACUUUCAGAAGGUGGGAAUGUAUCAUUCAAUUCAUUAUGGAAGCCAGAACGGCCAUUCCCUAUCGACAUGGCGGCAUUCGCUAUCAAUUUGUCUCUGGCACUCAAUGCUAAUGCAUUAUUUACAUAUGAUGUACCGCGUGGUUAUCAGGAGUCUCAUUUUCUUACUGCUUUGGGUCUAAAUAGAAACGAUCUGGAACUGAAAGCUGAUGGCUGUACGAAGGUAUACGUUUGGCAUACCAGAACAGAACGAACUCUACUUUCUCAAAGAGAAAGAUUAAAAUUUUGGCGAGGAUCAUUGAAUGACAUUGAGACCGAUGCUGUUUACUAA